GGGGCCGGGGCGGGCGGCGGGGCCCGGCGGGCGGCCGGCGCCAUGGGCACGGUGCUGUCGCUGUCGCCGAGCUACCGGAAGGCCCCGCUGUUCGAGGAGGGGACGGCCACGGUGGGGCAUUACACGGCGGUGCAGAACAGCAAAAACGCGAAGGAGAAGGGCCUGAAGCGGCACUCGCUCAUCUCGGUGCUGCCCUGGAAGCGCAUCGCCGCCGUCUCGGCCAAGAAGAAGAGCUCCAAGAAGGUGCAGCCCAACGGCGGUUACCAGAGCAACGUCACCCACCUCAACAACGAGAACCUGAAGAAGUCGCUCUCCUGCGCCAACCUCGCCACCUUCGCGCCCCCGCCGCCCUCCUCCUCCUCGUCGUCCUCCGCCGCCGCGCUCCCCCCGGCGCAGAAGAACCCCCCCGGGGGUCCCGCCGCCGCCACCGCCACCCCGCGCCGCGUGGUGGUCCAGGCGUCCACGAGCGAACUGCUGCGCUGCCUGGGCGAGUUCCUGUGCCGCCGCUGCUACCGCCUGAAGCACCUCUCGCCCACCGACCCGGUGCUGUGGCUGCGCUCGGUGGACCGCUCGCUGCUGCUGCAGGGCUGGCAGGACCAGGGCUUCAUCACGCCGGCCAACGUGGUGUUCCUCUACAUGCUGUGCCGCGACGUCAUCUCGGCCGAGGUGGGCAGCGACCACGAACUUCAGGCGGUGCUGCUCACCUGCCUGUACCUCUCCUACUCCUACAUGGGCAACGAGAUCUCCUACCCGCUGAAGCCCUUCCUGGUGGAGAGCUGUAAGGAGGCCUUCUGGGACCGCUGCCUCUCCAUCAUCGACCUCAUGAGCCCCAAGAUGCUGCAGGUCAACGCCGACCCCCACUUCUUCACGCAGGUCUUCGCCGACCUCAAGAAGGAGAGCGGCGCGGAGGAGAAGGGCCGUCUGCUCAUCGGGCUCGACCGGUGAACCCCGCGCUCCCCCGGAGGCGACUCCGCCGGAGGGGUCCCCUCACCCCGUCCGUCCCUCCCCCCCCCACCCCGAGGCGGCCCCGGAGGAGGGCUCUCCUCGUCCCACCGACGAUUCCCUUUGCGGUGACCCCGGCGGAGGGGCCGCGCCGCCCCACCGACGAUCCCCAUUGAAGCGACUCCGACGGAGGGGCCGUGGUGGGGGGGGGGGGGGGGGGUGGGGGGCUCCGCUCCGCGUCCCCUGGAGGUGGGCGGCCGCACCCCCAGCGCCGACCCCGCGGCGGUGACUGCGGGUCGGGGUUUUGUUUGGGGCGCUGCGGCUCCGCCGCGUCGCUGUGAAAUCGUUGUUCCCACCGCGCGCCGAUCCGGGACGGGUUGAAGGACCUCCGGGACGGCGUCCGCGCGCUGCUGCUAUGGGACGAACCCCGACCGACGGGGAACCGCCGCCGACCCCCAUUCCUCCCUCCUCUCAUCGUUGCUUUCACAGUGGUGUCGCGCAUGCAGCCAUCGGAGCAUUUCGUGUCUUCGGGAAUUAAAACAAAAAGAACAAAAAAA